AUGAAUCGACUGCUACACAACGAUCCGCAGACGUCGUUCAGUGCACAGCAGAAGCAGGACUUCUUACAGCAAAGCAUCCUGAAACAGGACCCCGUAGUUAUUAUUUGGCAGUUCUUUUGGAUUAAUAAAGUGAACUCAGAGCCGGAACCAGCAACAAGGCGGCGACGAGAUGCGUGGUGCUGCUGCGACGGUCCUCGACAGGGUAAACCAACUCAUUUCCGGCGGUUCGUUUCCUGAGAACCUAUCAGAACUCAGCUCAAAAGUUGUCUCGACUUUUUGCUUUUUUUGGAUGAUAGAACGAAAAUAUUAUUGUUGGCGUAGGGAAACAUUACAGCUUUUAGUUGACGCUAACUAAAGUUGAGCGACAGACAGACAAAAAAUAGGAAAAUUGUUUGUAAAUAGGUUUUUUUUUUUUUGGAAGUUUUUUUAAUUUAUUUUCAAUUUCAAACGGCCAAUUUUCAAAAUUCAUCCAAGGUUUCGAAGACGAGUUUAGAGUCUGUGAACUAAGAAAGUAAGAUGAAAUUAUACUCCGCUUUUUUUUGAAUAUUGUUCGUUUUAAGUGAAUUCUUACGGUCAAGAUAGCUCCACAGUAGUUUCUUUCGAUUCUCCGACGCUCUUGCUCAAUGGAAAUGGUCAAAAGGUAACUAAAACUUGUAAUUCUCGGCUCAAAACUGUGCUGCAGUUCCAAUUGCAACUGCAAUCGAUCGACGUCGCGCCGACGCAGCAGCAAAUGUCCCAGAUGGUUCAGAUGGCGAGUGGAACGACGCCUUCCGGAUCGAAAAAGAAGAAAGGCGCGGGUCCUGGACGCCGUCCUGCACUUGACGCCAAUGUAUGUUAGGAUCACUAUUCGAAUUAUUCGAAUGGGAGUCGUUGAAAUCAGGGAUGCGUGGCAGUUAGACUAAUUUCAGAAUUUAGUCUUUCUUCCGUCUUUUUUUCUUUAUUUUGAGGCUAUUCUCGAAAAAUUGAUUGAGGACUACAGGAAUUCCGAACUAAGUUAUACGAUUUAUCUAAAUAACUCUCCGCUGAAGUUACGCGAAAUUCUGGGUGAACUUCGAAGAGUCACUUUUACUAGCUUUGCAGGGAAUGCCAAAGGAGCGGCCUUUCGUCUGCCCUCGCACGGACUGUCAACGACGAUUUUGCCGCAACGACCACCUGCAGAGGCACAUGAGGAUCCACACCGGCCAAAGGAUGUUCCAAGUUCGCUUUUUUCGGCCAUUCCCUUCUGAUCAGAAUGUUCAGUGUCGCGUUUGCAUGAGGUCGUUCUCUCGGUCCGACCAUCUGGCUAAGCACGAGAGGACCCACAAUGGCGACAAGCCUUUCAGUUGCAACUCCUGCGGAAGACGUUUCGCCAAGAUCGAAGAGAAAAAGAAGCACGAGACGGUUAGUCAUACAAAGCGCGGAAAGCCAAAGUAUUUCUCUGUGAACUUUUCCUAGUUUGAAAUAGAAAUGGUGAUCUGUGAUUUGUUCAGAAAUGCCAAGCGAAGCAACAACAACAGCAGCAACAACGACAGGAGGCGGAAGAGCUGCAGUUGGCGCCUUCGCAAAUCAGCAUGUACUCCUCGCAGGUGAGAUCCGCGUGGCCCUCUGUUGCGUGUGUGUAACUGUGUUCCGUGUGCAACAGAUGCUAAUUGGAGGAGGCCUGCAACUUCCUCAACAAUCUUCCUCGUUGAUGCCGCCGUCGCAGUUCACCAAGUUGCAGCAGGUACAGGCCAACAGUCCCCUCGAAAUCAGAUCACUCAUCUCGCCCAACUGA